AUGACCUACUUAGUCUCAAUCUCAGAGGUCCAGUCUUCCAAUUCCAAUCACCUAUAUCUUCAGAACGGGGAAUACGAUACUAACACCCCCUUCAGAAUCUCAAGCCUAAACUUUCAUCUAAAAAUGAAGUCCCAAGAAGCCGCCUUCCGUGACGCUCGCAAGCCGCAACCAAAGCCAAAGAUACAACAACCAACGGUCAAAGCAGCACCCAACAAGAUCGCCAAGAACGCAGCACGAAAUGAACGUCGAAAGGCAGCGAGAAAGGUCAAAAGCAUGUUGAAGGAGAGCGGUGCAGCUGUCAGUGAGAAGAAGACAGUACCCGCUAAAGCAGAGGUUGCGUCAGGUGAUGAGAGUGAGGAUGGAGGCGUGAAGUUGGAUGAGGAGAUGGAGUGA